AGUAGAGGACCCUCCAUUUCACCGGCACUCAAGUUGAGAAAUUCUGAAGUUUACUGGCUUGAACGCUAAACAACUGUUUCCUUUAAAAGUUAAAAUUAUACCACAGACUGAGGCAUCUUUGUUCUGGUCACUGUCAACUUUGCAUACUGCGCAAACAUAACAAGGGAAAAUGAACAAGUGCCUAUUUAGGACGUCUGAAGUUGCCUUUCGGGGCCACCAGAUUGACGCUAAUGGCGUGACAGCGACGGGGGAAAAGCUAUAUAAAAAGCAUCGAAGAUCUCACAAUACCAACAUCAAAGGCAACGUUUUAGUUGUGCGCCCCAGGAAUGACGUAAUUGUACGACAUGUUCCUAUAUAGAAAACCAAGCAACACUAGCGAAAGACUUGGGUAGCAUAGAGUACUGCAUGUCACUUGGAACUGCGAAAUACCAGCGGCUUUCAAGAAGCUUACAGCUGGUGCUCUGCAAGACCCUCCUCCCGCACAACGACGCACCCAAACUGCACAAACCGCCACUUCUCUCGUGCGAAGUAUCCCCGUAUGUUGUCGGCGCAGUCCUCGCUCACAAGGAUGAUCAAGGCAGGGGAGCGCCAACACCUUUCGUCUCCAAAAGACUAGGUGCCCCAGCCGAGAAGAACUAUUUCCGAUUGGAUUGUGAAGGACUCGCUGUGGUCUUCGGUGUCGUUCAUUUGCACCAGUACCUGGCAGGGAGAUAGGUAACUUCACAGCGGAUACGUCGGAUUACAGGUGUUACCGGACUGUGCCCUUCUCUAAUCCAAACGAGGCCCGCUGGGAGAUAAGACUUCACAUGAUUCACCUCCGGCGUUGAUCCGUUAGGAAACACGAGCAUCCAUCGGAACUCCCAGUGUCUUUGAUGACGGACCUACAGAAGAUCACGGAGCCGAUCACAUGCACCGAGAGUCUCACCUGCACGGCAGGGGCGCCCAGCCCGAGUUCUAUUUUAAUAACUUAAAUAGAGCCACACUCAUGCCCCCCGUAGAUGUAUGGAGUUGACUGCAGGGGAAGGAUGUUAGGCCUCGCCAUUGCCAGCCGCAUCGCUGUCUCUGGUUACGAGACGACCGCGGAUGCACCAUGGCGGCACCACCCUCUCCCGUUCAGGCAGCCGAGACUCGAGUGACUGCGUCCGGAAACCUGAACCCAGGCAGAGCCGCAGAGGCAUCGAGAGCUUCAGCGGCACAAGCAAGCAGACCAUUUGCAGCCACCAGGCAUUGUAUACGGCUAAAUAAAACGUUUUUCUUUUUUUUUUUUAAGAGACGUAAGAUAUAACCAAGUAUAGAUACAGACGGAAUGCAAGAAUGCGAUACAUAUAUUAACGCCCAGUUAGCUCACGCAGGCUAGGUCGCCACCACGAUUCAUCCGAACGGAAUUUCAUCAGCGAUCACCGACGUCAAUCAUCUUCCUCGCCGGUUGCGAUCGACGUACAGUGGCUCACCGCUUUGGAACAGUUUUUAUGGAAGAACAGGAGCGUCUUCGAAGAAAGUGCUACGACAUUUUCAGUACGUCGGUGUUCGUUUACACCCUGCGCUAAGGAAUGGGUGAAUACUGCUAUGGAUGUAGAACAAACAGCAAGAGAUGCGUCCGCUGCCGUCCGCCUGCCCGCCAGCAAGUUUCGACGCAAACUGAAGGUAUUUUCGAGGUACUUCUACAGUGGCCGCCUGGAUGUCGGAAACGUGCACCAAGCCGCCUGCACCCGCACCGCAGCCGCUAAGUACCUGAUCCCCAAACUGGAAGAGAGAUGCCUCGCCUUCGUGAACGGCUGCAUGAAGCUCGAUGACGUAUGCCCUUUCCUGGACUAUGUUCUGACCAUGGGCGAAGAAGGCGCGCGCGCCCCCGCCCGAGCCCUGAUCCGCAAGAACAGUUUCGGCGUGAUUUCCUCUGCGAGGUUCAAGUCCUCCACCUUACAUACCGUGAGGUACGUCCUUCGUCACGCGACCAAUGUGUCCGAGUCAUCGGUGCUACAAGCUGUGCACUCGUGGGCACUGCAGCAGUGGCUGACGCCAUCCUCGGAAGGCGAUGAACUGGCCGAUGUUCGGGUCAAUGUUCGGGCAAUCAUGCUGCCACUGUUCUCCGAACUGCGGUUCCUCGCGCUGACCGCGACAGAGUUCGUCGAAGGGCCCAACACGUGGGGGAUCUUGACUGACUCGGAAGCGCGGGCCAUCCUGAGCAACAUCGUCAAAGAACGCUCGAUGACCAUGCCAGAUGGAUUCUGCAAGAUCCGGACUGCCCGUACUUAGUCUUGGAGACAAUCCCGAACUUUAUAGAUUUAUCGACUCACAAGAGGACGGUACUGUCGGUGUCGACACGUUGUGCGGCUUUAAAUGAUAGAUAAAUGUUUUGCUGCACUCAAAUGUGAAUAAAAACUUAUUUUUAUUGAUGUAUCACAGCCGAUGCUCGUGCUCGGGAAGUAGGGAAGAAAAUCGCACAUUACAUUACGAUUUCUACGUUGCAGCCUAAUACGACAGCCUCCGCAGAACACUGCCACUGCCUGUGUUGUUUCCUGUUUGCCUCUAGAUUUUUUACGCUAAUGCGUAUAUACCAUGCUAAGUUUCUACUCUGAGCAGCAGUGCGUAUUCCUUCUCAGUACAUUUUAUUGAUUCCCAGGGUACCUCGACUGUUCUGCGCUUUUCAGUGCAUGGCUAUCCUGUCGCGGCAUAACGUAAGAUUUGCCGCAACAUUUCAGCUAUGGUUUGGUAGCGUCCGCUUUUCUCAGCUCUCCUGAGCAUUUGUACUUUCACAGAGGCCAACCUUUUUUUUUUUGUCGUCAGGUAAAAGCUCUCACCUGGAUAAAACUGCACAUGUUUUCUUCCUGUUGUUAUCGGCAGGUAACAUAUGUCGAACGUUUCCCCUCUAAGCAGAAGCACAACGCAAAUUGCACCUGCAUUUUUAAUACAUCAUGAAGUCUAUUUCAAAUCUUUGAUACAGAGCCAAAGAUGGUGUAGAAUAUGACGUAUAUACUGACGUAGAUACCGUUUACUUCUGCCUAGUGAAUAAGUGCGUUUAAGUUCUUGGAGGCAGUGCCAAAUUGGGACGCUUAAAGAAAUAAAUGAAGUUGAUGGCCAUUGUGUCUAAGUGCAUAGGCAUUUACAGAAAACAUUCGAUGAUACGAAUUUCUGGGGAUCCGAAGUACUCGUGUCAACCGAGAUUCGUAUAAUUAAGAAACCACAAUGAUAUCACUGAAAUGAAUGUAAGACAUUCUUAACAAGAACGGAUUAGUGGGCAGGUUGGAAUGUAUUCAUGAUGUAAACUCGCUAGCAAAAGCUUGGAGAGCACGGA